CUAAAUCUCACUUUCUGCAACCUGGCGGCUUUGGAGCUGUUAACUCACCGCUGACAGUCAUUAAACUUCAGUCAUGAUAAGAAACGAGGUUUUCUCCUGUUUUGUUUUCUACGCGGUCCUGCUGGUGAUCAAAAUGUACACCAUCGCGGUCAUAACGGGACAAGUCAGGCUGCGCAAGAAGGCUUUUGCCAACCCAGAGGACGCGCACAGACACGGAGGGUUGCAGUUUCACAGAGAGGAUCCAUAUGUGGAAAGAUGCCGGAGGGCUCACCUGAACGACUUGGAGAACAUCCUGCCCUUCCUUUUCCUGGGGGCUGUCUACUCCUUGACCGGACCUUCGCUAACAGUGGCUCGUUUUCACUUUGUCGUGUUUUUUCUCGCCCGUGUUUUGCACAGCCUUGCCUACCUGUUGGCUUUGCAAGCACCUACCCGCUCUCUGGCCUACACUGCUGCUCAGGUACCCUGUGUUUCCAUGGCUGUGCAGAUCCUCAUGUCAGUGGCAGCUUACGCCUAGCAUUUAAAGACUUUUGGAGAAAAGAAAACCAGAAAACUCUUUGGAAAUCAUCAGAGGGGUUAACUACGGGUUCCUUUGGAAAGACAGUUGGAGUGCAAUAUAAGGUGUUGAUUUACGCCUGUCUCUUUUUUCUUUUCUUUUUUUUUUAAAGUAAGAAAAUGUCAGUAUUUUAUUAUGUUUAAAAAAUGUGAUAUCUUAACAUAUUUUGAAGUAUAAUGUUACAAUGCCAUGGACUGUUCUAGUGUACCUAAUGAAGUUUGUUGCUGAUCUGAAAAAAAAAAAAGAUUAUUUGAAACCUUUUAUAAAUACAGUUUUUGUUUCAAAGCCAAUUUGGGCUGUUUUUUUGUACAGUGGCUAAAAGGCACAAAUAAAAAGUACUGCAAACAAAAAUUUGGACCAGGACACAAAAUGUAUGCAAAGAAGCAAAGUUACUGCAAAUACAUAAAUGAUGCUAAGGAAAAAAUGACUGAAUGACUGAAAUACUCCAGACCACUAGAGGGACAUGAUCAUCUGCUCAUUUGGAAUAGGACCCCAAGUAAAGACAUAAAAAGGAUUCUCAGAGAUAGAAGCUCCUUCCAAAUUGUGCAAAGUAAAUAGUAAGAACACUGUCCAGGGUAGGAAAGAGAUUCAGACUGCUGUGCAGUUUGCAGCCUUAUGGCCGUUAUUACACGGUGGACACACACAUGAACCAGGCUGGUCAGAUCGGGAGUAAACCUUUUCUGUAGAAGAACUACAAAGAACAGAAGUUACACAAAGUUCUAAUCAAUAAAACCCAAAAUCUUUGCAUAUGACACACGGGGUACAUGUCACCAAAUGUUGUAUUUUAGUUCAACCCCACGAGGAGGAGUGUGGAAAACCGUGGACGGUCUGCUAUAUUAAGGGCCGUCCCUGCAUAAGUGCAGACUUGCUGGAAUUUUUGCAGUGGGUGUAACAGCGGACUCAAGGCGUAAGAAGCACCUGCAUUGAAAUUUAAGUUCCACCAGUUAGCUGUAUCUUUUUGACGCUGACAGAAAUCUCUUUGAAAUGGUUUUAUUGGGCAGUAUAAACUUAUUUUUAAGAAAGUUGCAAAUGCUUGAUUUCACGGCAACCUGCACCAUGGCGCUACAGCCGUACACAUGACAUCACUGUGUUGCCAUAGUAACGACUGCUUUCCUUUACCAGUGGAGGGAGGGGCUCCCAUUCUCAUUCAAUAGUUAAGGGGUAGUGUUUAAGGGGAGGUUUGGGAUUGGACCCCUUGGCUGAUGCAGACUCGCUAUUUGAGUGUUCCUCUUACCCUACACAAUAUAUGGUUUGGGACAACCCUUAAUGUGGCGGACCCUUUGUAAGAACGUUCAAUUGGAUGGUUAGUGCAUAUAUGUGGUGUUUUAGGGGUCAGUUUGGGAUUGGGUCGAGGUAUUCGUAUUUACCCUUUGUAAUGUCUAUGGUCUGGUCCCAUAGGAGCUGAUGAUCGUCUCCUCCUAGCUGUCUGGAUCUCUUAACUUGCAGUUAUUUUGGCUACUUGCAGCAUUUUUCUUUUGCAUGCGUUUUGUGUGUUAGUCUAUUUUUAGUAUUUGCUGUACUUUAAUGUAUUUGCAGUGAUUAAGCCCUCCUCUGCCCUGACCUUUCCUGUGUUUACACUGAAGAAAAGGGCGCCAUUAAUGUGUUUUUGUAUACUUAUCAUUGCAUAGUCUGUUACCUUUGUGUGUUUUAACUUUAUUGUUAAACCUUGUUUAGAUACUACACUCAGCAACAUUAAAAUGGGUCCUGACAGAG